AUGUUCUCCCCUAGGUUCUUGGUUGUCGCAGCCUUUUCAUCGACUCUCGUCCGCUUUUGUGGCGCUCGUCCUCAGCCGUCAACUAGGAGAUCUGAACUAGCCAACAGCUCUACUUCGGGUAAAUAUGUUGUAGCGCACCAUAUAGUAGGGAACACCUAUGAUUACACCACGGACGACUGGUCGUCGGACAUUCAACUGGCGUAUGACUGUGGUCUUGAUGGCUUUGCACUUAACGUCGGCUCGGACUAUUGGGAGUCCUCGUAUGUCGCUGAUGCAUACACCGCGGCUGAGGAUCUUGGGCUUAACUUCAAGUUGUUCAUAUCCUUCGACAUGACCUCGUUGGCGUUUAACACUGUAGACGACGCUGCCGCCCUGCGGGACUACGUCACUAGCUAUGCAUCGAACGACUACCAGCUGAAGAUCAACGAUCACAUUUUAAUUACUACUUUCGCCGGAUCUGAUUGUACCAUUCAAUAUAUUCCCGGCGACCUGAAUCAACCAAUCUUUGACAGCGCCAUCACUUCCGAAUUGAAAGAGUACCUCGAGGAUCUGACUAGUUCUGAUGGCGUCAUAACGUAUAUCGCCGCCGUGAGCCCUUGGUUGUUCACUCACUAUGGGGUAGACUCGUACGACAAAAACCCGCUCCUUCACCGUGAUGUCUUCACAACUCCAGACUGUAUGAAAUCCUGGGUGCAGUUCAUCUACCUCGCGGACUACCAUUUAUGGAACGCCCGUUGGGAGACGAUAAUUGAGAACCGUGAUGAUGUGGACAUCGUCGAGAUCCCGACAUGGAACGACUAUGGCGAAUCGCACUAUAUCGGGCCGAUUGAGGGUGAUCAGCCCAAUUCACAAGACUGGGUCGAUGUAAUGCCUCAUGAGGGAUGGUUGGCGAUGCUAGAUGACUAUGCGACCGUGUUCCGUUCAGGUAUCUACCCCGAGAUCACGGAAGAUCAGCUCUACAUAUGGGCUCGUCCACACCCGAAGCUUGCAACCGCAAGUGAUGACUCCGUCGGGGACCCUACUAAUUAUCAACUUAUGGAGGAUGUCCUCUGGGCAGCUGUGUUCGCGAAAGCCUCUGCUACAGUCGAGUUGACGACCUCUGUCACCACGACCAUCACCGUCCCUUCGGGUGUAGCAAAGACGUAUAUGGUUCUCGCGACAGGAUACGGAAUGUCAGGCAAGAUCAUUCGCGACGACGAUACGGUGGUGUCCGUCGAUCCGGGAGAUGCGUACACCUUCGAGGCUGAUCCAGAAUACUACAAUCUCAAUGCAUACGUCGCCUACGCGAAGGCUUGA